CAAUAUAGUCAUAUUUAAUCUUUUGACGUUUAAUGUCGUAAAGUCUACAUUUUUUAAUAAAUGUGAGAUAAUUUGACAUAGUGUGGUUGAGUGUGUAUAUAAUAGUGUGGUUGAGCUACUAAAACUGGACAGAUUUGGUAUUCUAAGAAGAAACCUUUGCUGUAGAUUCAGCCGCCAGAUUAAAGUUGCUUGUGGGACACGUUAACGAGGAAUCGCUGACAGGACUGGGCAGGCACGUCGAGAGAAUUGAAUCUCGCGUUUUCACUAUUCCGCCGGUCUAACGAGAGAACAGUUUUAGCUUGCUGUCUUUCUCUAGCCAAGGCUACCGGCGAAGAGGGAACACCGGGGCGAAGUAGCUUGCUGUGUCGCAUUGACUUCGGCUAACUGAAGCCCUCUUGCUCCAUUCAGAUGAACCAGGCGGUAGGUAGUGACGGAGUUCGGAUCACCAUGGAGAGUGCCCUGACGGCCAGGGACCGGGUGGGGGUGCAGGACUUUGUCCUGCUGGAGAACUUCACCAGCGAGGCGGCCUUCAUCGAGAACCUCCGCAAACGCUUCAAGGAAAACCUAAUCUAUACAUACAUUGGCUCAGUUCUGGUGUCGGUGAACCCGUACAAGGAUCUGGAGAUCUACACUAAGAACCACAUGGAGCGCUACCGAGGGGUCAACUUCUACGAGGUCUCUCCCCACAUCUAUGCCGUGGCUGACAACUCAUACCGCUCCAUGCGGACAGAGCGUAGGGACCAGUGUAUCCUGAUCUCAGGGGAGAGUGGCGCUGGCAAAACAGAGGCGUCCAAGAAGAUCCUGCAGUACUACGCCAUUACCUGUCCUGCUAGUGACCAGGUCCAGACGGUCAAGGACCGCCUGCUGCAGUCCAACCCGGUUCUGGAGGCUUUUGGAAAUGCCAAAACAUUGCGCAAUGACAACUCCAGCCGGUUCGGCAAAUACAUGGACAUCCAGUUUGAUUUUAAGGGAGCUCCAGUUGGGGGCCACAUCCUCAACUACCUGCUGGAGAAGUCCCGGGUGGUCCACCAGAACCACGGCGAACGGAACUUCCACAUCUUCUACCAGCUGAUCGAGGGUGGCGAGGAGGACCUGCUGCGACGUCUUGGCCUGGAGAAGAACCCCCAGCAGUACCAGUACCUGGUCAAGGGGAACUGUCCCAAGGUCAGCUCCAUCAACGACCGCAGCGACUGGAAGGUGGUCAGGAAGGCCCUGACUGUUAUCGGCUUCAACGACGAUGAGGUGGAGGAGCUGUUGAACAUUAUUGCCAGUGUCCUUCACCUGGGGAACAUUCAGUUUGGAGGGGAGGACAGUGGCAUUGCCUACAUCACCACAGACACCCAGAUCAAGUACCUGUCUCGGUUGCUAGGUGUGGACGGUUUAGUCCUGAAAGAGGCGUUAACACACAAAAAGAUAAUCGCUAAAGGAGAAGAGCUGAUUAGCCCUCUAAACCUGGAACAGGCUGCGUCGGCCCGGGAUGCCCUGUCCAAGGCUGUGUAUGGACGCACGUUUACCUGGCUAGUCAACAAGAUCAACGACUCCCUGGCCUUCAAGGAUGAGAGCUAUAAGAACCCUUCGGUCAUUGGUCUCCUAGAUAUCUACGGCUUUGAGGUUUUUCAGCACAACAGCUUCGAGCAGUUCUGCAUAAACUACUGUAACGAGAAACUGCAGCAGCUGUUCAUAGAGCUCACCCUCAAGUCGGAGCAGGACGAAUACGAAGCCGAGGGAAUAACGUGGGAACCGGUGCAGUAUUUCAACAACAAGAUAAUCUGCGAUCUGGUGGAGGAGAAGUUCAAAGGAAUCAUCUCCAUUCUGGAUGAGGAGUGUCUAAGGCCAGGUGAUGCCAGUGAUAUUACCUUCCUGGAGAAGCUGGAAGACACAGUGGGAGGCCACGCCCACUUGACAACUCACAAGCUGGCCGAUGGAAAGACCCGGAAGGUGAUGGGCCGAGAGGAGUUCAGGUUGCUGCACUAUGCUGGAGAGGUCAACUACAACGUCAACGGCUUUCUGGACAAGAACAAUGACCUCCUCUUCAGGAACUUGAAGGAGGUCAUGUGCAUGUCGGAGAACACGAUUCUGACCCAGUGCUUUGACCGGGUGGAGCUGAAGGACAACAAAAGACCAGAGACGGCAGCGACCCAGUUCAAGAACAGCCUGGCGAAGUUAAUGGAGAUCCUGAUGUCCAAGGAGCCGUCGUAUGUGCGCUGUAUCAAGCCCAACGAUGCCAAGCAAGCAGGUCGGUUCGAUGAGGUUCUCAUCAGACAUCAGGUCAAGUACCUGGGUCUGAUGGAGAACCUGCGUGUGAGGAGAGCAGGCUUUGCGUACCGCCGUCGCUACGAGAUCUUCCUCCAGAGAUAUAAGUCCCUGUGCCCGGAAACCUGGCCUACCUGGGAAGGAAAGCAGGUUGAUGGGGUGUCCACGCUGGUCAAACACCUGGGCUACAAACCUGAGGAGUACAAGCUGGGCAGAUCCAAGAUUUUCAUCCGUUUUCCAAAGACCCUCUUCGCCACAGAAGACGCAUUAGAAACCAGGAAACACAGCCUAGCCACCAAACUGCAGUCCGGCUGGAAAGGCUACACCCAGAAGACCAAAUACCGCAAACUCCGGUCGUCAGCCGUUAUGAUCCAGUCAUGGUGGAAAGGCAUUCUGGCCCGGCGGAGGGCACAGCGUAAGAGGCAGGCGGUCGACUCCAUCCGCAGGUUCAUCAAGGGAUUCAUCUACCGCCAUAAGGAGCGUUGUCCCGAGAACGAGUACUUCCUGGACUACGUGCGCUACUCCUUCCUGAUUAAGCUACGCAAGAACCUCCCAAAGACAGUCCUGGACAAGAGUUGGCCCACACCCCCGGCGGCUCUCGUUGAGGCGUCAGAACUGCUGCGGAAAAUGAACAUGCAGAACAUGGUUUGGCGCUACUGCAAGAAGAUCAACCCUGAGUGGAAACAUCAGUUGGAACAGAAAAUGGUGGCCAGUGAGAUCUUCAAAGACAAGAAGGACAACUAUCCUCAAAGUGUCCCGAAGCUCUUUGUGGGCACACGGCUCAACGGAGAGGAGAUUAACCCCAAGGUGUUGCAGUCACUUGGCAAUGAGAAGAUGAAGUAUGCCGUCCCAGUGACCAAGUACGACAGGAAGGGCUACAAGGCUCGGAACAGGCAGUUGUUGCUGACCUCCAACAGUGCCUUCAUCGUGGAGGAGGGCAAACUCAAACAGCGCAUCGACUACGCAUCCCUCAAAGGUAUCUCUGUCAGCUCUCUGAGUGAUGGCGUCUUUGUUCUGCACGUGCCAACCGAAGACAACAAACAGAAGGGUGACGUGGUGUUGCAGAGUGACCACAUCAUCGAAACCCUGACCAAGGUGGCCAUCUGCGCGGACAAGAUCCACAGCAUCAACAUCAACCAGGGAAGCAUAACAUUCACGGUGGGCCACGGAAAAGAGGGAACCAUUGACUUCACCUCUGGUUCUGAGCUGCUUGUUGCCAAGGCGAAGAAUGGCCACCUCUCAGUGGUGAGUCGGCAUAACGGAGGGAUAUAGAGCCACAGUCCUCCACAGCAGAACUAACACAACGGCCCCUCGACUGAACUCCAGAUGAUGGCCAUCACCUGACUGCGCCAUUGGAGGUCCUUCCUGGAAAUACGCUCCUAUUCACCAAUCACAGCCGCAGACCCGGCUCUGCAUACGCCAAUCAAAUGCCAGCUCUCGCUACACCAAUGGCUUCCAAUUAAGAAAUAGUCCAGAGAAACUAACUGAUAUUUAUGUUUAUAUAUUUUGGGGAUUAAUACUUAUUUUUAUUUGAACAUUGUGAUUUUUAUAUAUGAUGCCAAGGGAUAACAAUGUUAGUGCAUUUUUCCUGCACCAUUAUGUCGAUCUUGCUUAAAUUGGUAACAUGACCAAGAGAACAAUGAGUGGAUAUUGGGAGAUUGAGAGAGAUGACAUGGGUGGUGUUGUCUAUGAAAAAUCAGGGUUAAGCAUUAGUCUGUCUCCUUCGCUUUUUAUCUUCCAUUCUGUCUUCACAGUCUUUCCUGAGUUUUUGUAAACUUCUAACUGUCUGGGGCAGGUGCUUGUGCUGUGUGGAAGAUAUAGUACAUGGCUGAGGGUAUGUAGGCUAGCCUCGUAAUGAGCUAUCGGGGAGCAGAGAACUUGGUAGAGAAGUCCAUAACAAAGAACCCAUUUCUUGCUUCUUUCAUCUCUGACACAAUAUCUCUGAGGUGUUUGUUCCAAUGGCAUGUCGCCAGCGAAGUCCUAUGUAAGUGUGACUUUUUGAACAGAGCACACAGGCCAGUAGGUUUGGCCUGUGCAGUGCUACUCGCUACAUCAUUCAUCAUGAUUUGUAGAUCACGGAGCCCAAAUUAUAGCAUAAAACAACGCAUUAUGGUGAGCAGAAUGUUGAACUGAGACCAGUUAAAGCACCAGUUAAGGUGUUUACACUGGAAACGGCAUAGCUAAUGGUGUUCAUACUGGAAACACCAUGGUGAACAGCGGUUAUGGUCUUCAUUUUUAGACAACAGACUUAAAGAAUAAGCACGUGAAAAAGAGAUCAAGGAAAAAGGCAAAAGAAGGAAAAUGGGGAAAAUUGAGAGAACGGAUUAGUGUUUGCAUUUAUUUUUUAAACGUGUGCCCAAAAGUGUGCCUUUCUCCUUUACUAAGUAAGCGUUAAUGGAUUAUUUUGUUGUUGAAACAACAUUUAAACAAUGAAGACUGGGAAUGUUGAGUCAACUGCUGUUAAAAAGCUAAACUUAUUGUAUACCAUCCGGGUGGCCUUGAAGACGACUCGUCAGAGGGAGUGUUUCGUACUGCAAACGCAUUUCAAAUCACAUUACAGUGUAAAAGGAUUCAAUAGUCGACAAGUGUGUACAGACUUGGACGUUAAGCAUUUAGGAAAAUACGUGAGGAUCAAUUUUCUUUACCACGUAUGAAGGUUUCUGGCUGCCUCCCCGUGGUCAUGCUGUGGAUUUUUGUGGCAGCUCGUCAGGUUACUAACAGUAACCGUGAGAACUGUCACUGCUUAUUUACCGCAUUUUCGUACACUACCGUUGAGGAUGCGUUGAAGUUUGAUAUCGAAUUCAUCUGUAUUGUUGGGCUGUGUAAAUAUCGGGCCAAAAUUAUACUUACCAACCAAGAACAUACCACUUGCAAACAGCUCUGCUCUCUGAAUGCGCUGCCAUUUUCAUUGGCAUGUUAAAUCCCAGCUCCUUAUUUUGAGAUGAGACCCCAUGCAAAAAGGGCAGACUAGUUUUAGCGGUCAAGCCACUCCAGGUGUUUUAUACUAUAUCAUAGGAUAUAAUCAUAGCCAAGGGCCUCCUGUUCAAAGAAAGCACAUGAAUUGCCUUGAUAAACUGUAACUUCCUUAGGAACACUUUGCCAGAACUGAAAGGGGGGGGGCUGUUGAAAGGAUCUCACAUGACACUACAUUUCCAGCAUUUAAUCUAAACCGUUCUCUCCGGCGUUCAGUUUUUCAGUUUGCGUGCUGCUGAUUCUUUGCUUUGCCUCUACUCCUUCCGAAGUGUGUACAGCUGACAACCCAAUGAAUGAACGAAUGGUAAAACAGGUGCAAUAUGCCUAAAUACCGGUGUAUUGAUGCACUGACACUAGCCAAAGAAACAAUAGCAGACGAAAUGUCUGUAAAUUCAUUGUCUGUUGUGUGAUUGUCAUGUCAAUUAAAUGUUACUCCUUUCCUGUUUGGACGUGUUAUUUUAGCCGGCCUGUUGUUUUGUUGCGAUCGGCUUAUGCUGUUCUUUUUUUGUACAACCACAACGUUUGUCAAUCCGCACAAACACUUGUGGGCUCAGGCUUGCGUGUCCUACGCUGUAAUUAGAGAUGUGAGCCAAGUCAGGAUUCGUGAAAAGAACGUGCUUGUCCUGCUCGAUAUCUGUAUGUUGCUUAUGUGCCUUGAGUUUAAGAGAAAUACAACCAGUUUUGUAACAAAAUCAGUAAGAAACAUCACGACAUAUUCCCCCUUUUAAAUGCCAUACAAGCUUCUUUGUAAAGCCUGUCUCAAACCAAGUCCUGUGUUUUAAUCAUACAAUGCACAUGGUGUGAAUCCUAAAUUAUAGCAUCAACCGUCAUGUAGAAUUACAACACACUAAGAUCAAAUAAUACCAUUUCAAAAUAAACUUACCAAUGAUAAAUGA